AAUGUGACAGUUUCCCUCUAGAAAAACAGUGUGAGGCAGGCAGGCUGGCUGGCUGGCCUUGGAGGGGAUCCUGUGGAAUACAGGGAGGAGGAAAGAAGGAAAAAAAAGAGAUAGUCAAAGCAGAGAGUGAAUUCAGAGGAAUAUACUAGAGGCUGGAGGAGUGAAGGAGCUGAAGGACCAGAGUGAAUGUACAUCUCAGCUCCCUUCUUCUCGGUCAGUCCGGACGGAGCGAUGGCCGAUAACAGCACUCAUCCCAUCCUGGAAAUACUUCAGUCCUUCAGCACGAGAGACGUGAUCCUUGCGUUCUGUUUGUCCAUGGUGGUGGGACUCCUGCUGGGCGCUUUGGUGUACGUGGUCCUCACUUGGAUGGCACGUCGUCGUGCGUCUGCCACCAUCACCCGCAUGCCGGCGCCGCGGUCCUCGGGCCGCCCGUCUUCCCCCCGCACUCGCCCCGUCUUCAGUCGCCAGAGCAGUGCCUACGACCGGCGCAGCAACAACAGCCUGGCCAGUGCCGCCUUCUCCUUCCAUCGGCAAACCACGUCGUCACCCGUCGAUCACGCCGACCUACUGGGUCGCAAGGACAGCUUCAGGGCCUCCACCUUCCACCCACUGAUCCAGUGCAGCCAGAUCGCUCGCGAGGCCGAGGAAGGAAACCACGGCACCCUGACCAGCAGCGCCGGAGCCACCGGCACUAACAGCACAGCCAGCUCCAUGGUCACUCCACCAAGGCCCAGGCCCAGACCGGACUCUUUCUGGGGCAACAACAGUCUGAGAAGCUUAAGUGUCACACAGACCCCUCCACCAGCGUAUGACAGCAUCAUACGAGCCUAUCAGGAGACCAGCACUUGAGGCAUGAGCAUAAAACGCCCCCUUGUGGAGGAGAACGUUCAUAGCCCUGGAUAUGAUAAGAGACUAGAUGAUCUCUUGUUGAAUUGCGAGCUGCUUUUCAAUGCACAGUGUGAACACAAAAUUGUCAUUUUUGUUACUGUCACUGAGAUAGACGUCCAGAGAGAACGACUGUAAUGAUAGGAUUACUGGCACUUAAACUGGAGACAGAACACCGGUCACACUCACUACCAAACUGUGCAACGAGUGUAAUGACUGAACGCUGAUGACUCAGUAUGCAUGGAGUCAUUGUUAUAAAAAUGUGUUUAUUCACAGUGUAUUUUGUUGACAUCUUUAAUAAAAAAUUUAGACAUGA